GGGAAAUCUUGUGGUGUCCACUAUUUACGCUAUAUAGUGCGAUCAAUCAAUUGUCUAUGCGUUACAGAAGGGACUAAGUUAAUAUUUUAGAUUCAUGCCACCUGAUCAACCCUAUUUCGAUGUCAAAGAAAGGCAGUCAUCAUGUGCGACAUGAACAUAUAUGAGUACGAAAGACCAGAGACAAAACUGCCAACAACAAGAGGCAGUAUAUGAUGUGUCUACAGACUAUCUUGCAUGUCUUUCUGCUCUACGCACGCUGGCCAGUCUUGGAACAAGAGCAUCCUGAGCCGCAAUUCGUAGUAGGUUGGACCAAGGGAAAAGUGAAUGACGUUAACUGGGAAACAUUUCGGGCAUCUUUUCACUACCAUGUAUUUGAUUACGCACUGGCUGGACACUGCGAGUUCGUGAGUAUCAUAUUUGCCAAAAAUGAAAGAAAGGACCAGGGUCGGUCUUGAACCAACAUCAUCAGUGCAACAUUCUUGAGCGUUAGCUAUUAAGCUAAGGAUGCAACAUUCUUAUGCUUUAACCAUUAAGCUACCUGGCCAGGAACGAGUAUUUGUUGAUGGGUUCACUCUAAUAUGUCUUAUGUGCUUACAUUCUUUGUGCGGUCUUUGACCAUAAGUUGCACUUGUAUAUAGAUGCCUACGGCUGCCUGCAUACAAUGGCAGGGGUAAGCUUUGCACUAGCACGCAGCUGUGCUCACUUAAGAGAAUGUAAGGGUGACAGUG